GAAGAGGAAGAGAGGAGAAGGGAAGGAGAGAGGGAAAGACAAAAGAAAGAGGAGAGGAGAGUGGAAGUAAAGGAGGGAAAUGGCUUCGGAGGAGACGGCUGGAGGGGCGCGGAAAGCCACCAAGAGCAAACUGUUCGAGUUCCUCGUCCAUGGAGUGCGUCCCGGCAUGCCGUCAGGUGCGAGGAUGCCUCAUCAGGGGGCACCAAUGGGGCCUCCAGGGCCGCCAUACGGAGGAAACUCCACCGUCCGGCCCGGACUGACCAAUCCGUCGAUGGAGGCCAACCGCAAACGUCCCGCACCCUCGCAGCAACAGAUGCAGCAGCAGCAGCAGCAACAACAGCAAACCGUACAGAACAGAAACAGAAAGAAGCCUGUGGGAUUUCCUGGAGCCAGUGAGAUGCCAGGGAGGCAGAUGGACAUGAGAGAGGCCCAAUCAGAUCCCACGCUUGGAUCAAACACCAAGAGGAGGAAAAUGGCUGAUAAGAUUCUUCCACAAAGGAUCCGUGAGCUAGUCCCGGAAUCCCAGGCUUAUAUGGACCUGCUGGCAUUCGAGCGCAAACUGGACCAAACCAUAAUGCGCAAGCGGGUGGACAUCCAAGAGGCUCUGAAAAGACCCAUGAAGCAAAAACGCAAACUACGAAUCUAUAUCUCCAACACCUUCAACCCGGCCAAGGCUGAUGCAGAGGACUCUGAUGGCAGCAUUGCAUCAUGGGAGCUGCGGGUGGAGGGCAAGUUACUAGAUGAUCCAGGAAAAGUGAAAAGGAAGUUUUCCUCAUUCUUUAAGAGCCUGGUCAUUGAGCUGGACAAAGACUUGUAUGGGCCAGACAACCACCUAGUGGAGCUGCUGAGCAGCAAGGCUCAGUGGCACCGCACUCCCUCCACACAGGAGACUGACGGCUUCCAGGUGAAAAGGCCGGGUGAUGUUAACGUUCGCUGCACUCUGCUCCUAAUGCUGGACUACCAGCCCCCUCAGUUUAAGCUGGACCCACGGCUUGCUCGUCUGCUGGGCAUCCACACACAGACCCGCUCCUGCAUCAUCCAGGCCCUGUGGCAGUACAUCAAAACCAACAAACUGCAGGAUUCCCACGACAAGGAGUACAUCAACUGUGAUAAGUACUUCCAACAGAUUUUUGACUGCCCUCGGCUGAAGUUCUCUGAGAUCCCUCAGCGCCUCACCAACCUACUGCUGCCCCCCGACCCCAUCGUCAUCAAUCACAUCAUUAGUGUGGACCCUAAUGAUCAGAAAAAAACAGCCUGCUAUGAUAUAGAUGUUGAAGUGGAGGAUCCGCUCAAAGCCCAGAUGAGCAACUUCCUGCUCUCCACUGCCAAUCAGCAGGAGAUCGCCUCCCUCGACAACAAGAUCCAUGAGACCAUCGAGUCCAUCAACCAGCUGAAGAUUCAGAGAGACUUCAUGCUCAGCUUCUCCAGAGAUCCUAAAGGCUACAUUCAGGACUGGCUGAAGUCUCAGAGCAGAGACCUCAAAUUGAUGACCGAUGUUGUUGGAAACCCAGAGGAGGAGAGAAGGGCUGAGUUUUACCACCAGCCAUGGUCUCAGGAGGCAGUCAGUCGCUAUUUCUACUGCAAGAUUCAGCAAAGAAGACAAGAGCUGGAGCAGACCUUGGCUAUGAGGAAUACUUAGAAUGCAGCUAGACCUCAGCAACCACUCUGGCAACCCUUCUUCAGUCUGAGCCACAUGGAUGCCCCUCAUUAUCCCCAUAUGGUUUUUUUUCCUACAGAGAGUGUGUGUGUAUAUGUCUAUAUGUGUUUGUCGUCACUGUGACCCAGGGCCCAAUCACACAAAGCCGUUUAGAGGAGCCCUACCAUUUGUCCUUCUCAACCAAUCCCGGUGCUCGGACCCAUAACAUUUGCCUUAGAAUAGAAUACUGUUGAUCCUACUAGUCACAUGAUUGAUUUUGUAAUAAUACCAGCAGCCGGUGGAUGUAAUAAUAAGCUCUACACUGUACCCCGAUUAUAUAUGUAUAAACAGAAAUGAACAGUUUCUGUUCCCUUUGCAAUCUUGUGUUUUAGUAAGUAGUAGUGGGCAGUAUACCAGGUAACCCAGUGUACUGGUUGAAAUACUUCGUCAGGUACGGGUUUUGUCAUGACAGUUACAUCUGUACGCUACACAUAAGGUCAGAUAAUGCGACAUGUAAGCAGUGCAGCCAUGCUAACGUAUGCCCGUUUUGCGCCAGAGCUGUCUGGUCUGUUGCAUAUGAAGUAGUCCACUGUUUUUGGGCCAGUGAACAUAAAGGAAUGCCUGGUCUUUUGGGGACAGCUUUAGUCUAAUAUGCAUACCAGACCGAUUGCCAUGCUUUCUCUAAUACUGCCUGAGAUGCCACGGACUCUCUGAGGCACUGGUAUAUGGGACACAAAUGACAUGAGAAAUUGGACAAAUUUCUCAGGUCAUUUGCUGCUAAAUGUUGCUGGACGUCUUAAUUUAAACAAGGCUGAUGUUGGCUUCAUAUUUAGCAGUGUCUUAUUCAGAUUUCCUGUUCCACUGUAAAUGCUGCAGCAGGCACAUUUAGAAGAAUUUCUUAAGUCAUUUGCUGCUAAAUGUUGUUUGACAUCUUAAUUUCUACAUGGCUGAUAUUGGCUUCUUAUUGGGUAGUUUCUGAUUUGAAAUUCCCUCCAUCUUAAAUGGUGCAGCAGUUACAUUCAGGUGCCUGUACAGGUGCCAAAAAGCAACUGAUGCUCCAUUUAAAGUGGGGAAAGAAGAAUUAGAACAAAAGCUGCCCAAUGUAGUAGAAAGUAUUAGACAACAGUACUGACAAACGGUUCUUAUUUAAAAGUGAAGAGAUAACACAGAAAGAUAAAAUGACGCAAAAAUGGGUUUACUUAAGCAUCUAAAAUGGUUUAUAUUUGGUAAUAUAUACCAUUAUAUUACCAAAACUGUCAGAAAUUUAAUAUACCAUGAUACAAUUUUUGCCCAUAUGGCCCACUGCUAGUUGGAAAUAAUUUGACUUGUUAUUGUUGUUACAGGCUCAAGCUUUUCAUAAAAACAGGACAUUCUUUUUUUUAUCAAUUCUUGCUUCAUCAGUGUUUAUAAUGCCUUAUAACGCAUAACGUAUGUCUUGGCAUACUGUACUAUGAAGUAUAUCAAGCCAAGCCACUGGACAGUAGCAGAUACAUGAAAUUCUGCCUUCUACAGCAGAAUAUUAGCAUUUGGCUGGAAUGAAUGAACUAGCAAAACUCAGUAAAAAUAUUUAAAGAUUGUUUUGCUGUCUUAUCUUAAGGGGGACAGAUGAAAGUUGUUGUGAAGACAAGAGGCACAUAUGACAAAAACAAAACGGUCCUGUAAUUUAAGGCAGUAGUGCAGCUGCUUCAUAAAAACAAGGUUAAAUUGUGUAAAUACUGGGGCGCAGAUUCACGCGUUAUCUCUCUGGUUAGCUGUAAGAUAUUAUAAAUGUGUUUAUAUGUUUGACCCAAAACAUGAAAGUGUGGGGUACUGUUCUCAACAUCUGUUUCUGGCAUGUUUUAAGAGUCCUUUCGUGUUUGAUGUCUGCCAAAGGUCACAGACUAUUAGGUUUUAAGUAUUUAUUAAGUCAUUUCAUAAUGAAGGGCACCAACUAGUUGUUAGACAUUAAAUAUAUAGAAAUUAGACAAACUAAAUAUCAUGUUUAGUUUGGAAUUUGAAGAAAAACACCUCAGUCACGCACCACACCUUUUAAAACCUUUUGCACUAAGUGUUUUUUCAUCGUUAACUGUCACUUGAAACAAACAAGGGAAUGAAAUGAAGGACAGCUUAUUUUAUUAAUAUAGUCCCAUAAUCUCAUUGGGAGUAAGUGUUCUCAUCCCUCUACUGGAUCUUAGCAUUCAGGUAGAGGGUGAUCGGUGUCAUCCAAUGAAGUACCUGAGAUCAUCAAACAUCUUCUCGUGGAGGAGAGUUAUGUUCAAACCUUUUUUGUGGAACCUCGAGAAGUUGAGAGGGUCCGUUUCAUUUUCUAAGGCCUAUGCAUGCUGCAUGGACAGAGCUUUUUAUACUUUCAUACAAGGACGUUGAAAACCCUUCUGACCCAAAGGGAGGAGAUCAGAAGAGCACUGGCCAAUGGUGGCUGGGUCAAACCUACGAAUGGACUACGCAGAGACCCAUUUGGGUCAUCUUACUGUUUUUUUUUUUUUUUAAGUCUUCUGUCUUCUUGUUUUAUCUUUGUAAAAGACCUGGUGAUUUUAGUAUUGGGAAAGAAAAAUAGAAGCACACUAAUUGAUUUCUACCAGGACGCAGACUGCUUUGGUUCUGGUUCAUCAUCAAGACUAGAGCGCCUCCUACUGAACCUCCCGAAUCCAGCAUCUACACUGAGGCAUCGCCACUUGGGAAUCUGUGGUAGCAGCUAGCUGUUUCAGUAUCAACACUUUGGACUUGUGGACUCGACCUUCAACUCUUAACCCUUUUUUCUUAUGUCUCCUGAUUGAUUUGCUCUCCAACCCAAGUGCUACGAUGGCCAGUUAGCACUGUUGUCAAUUUAGUGAUGGGUUCACCACUAUGUAUGCCUGUGGCUCAGGGUAGUAGUUGCCCUUUUACACCAGCCCAACCUCCUAAGGUGAAUCUUCCAGAGCAGUACACUGAAAACAUCAGCACUGGUCUGCAUUAAAGGGCAACUUCCACCCGUAGUGUAACUCAGAGAUAUAGAAGUUGCCACUAACUGUUGAUCUGAGAUGUAUGACCUUUUAAUAGAAUGAAUACGACUCAUCGAAUAUCUUCAGAUAGGUCCGUUUAUACACAGUCAGGGCUCAUUUAGUAUUAGAGAGCAGUUUUCUAGACCUUGUUAAAGUAGUGGGUUGGUCAGGUUGUUUCCAGUGGUCGACUAUGAUUUCCUUUCUCUCUGAUUCUGUUGUACGUUUGUUGUAUCACCUUGUUCCAGUUUCAGCAGAGAGAAACUUGUGUGAGAGCCACAGCUGUGACUUUGUGGUACGGCGUGGAUGUAAAUAAACAAGCAUUUGCCAAAGUUUGUAAAAGGGACCCAA